AUGCAUGGACUUUCAGAGGUGUAUGAGAGCGAGCACAAUGCCGAGAGGGCAAUGAUGAAAGGCGAUUACAGUCGUUCAAUCAGCUGUCACGAGUCUUCAAUUGCAUUAUUACAGGACAUAAUUGAUAGAAUAGCUGAAGAAUCGCUGAUAAACCACUUCAACACGCUCAAUUCACUUACAACCCUUAAGUCGCAAAUAAUCAAACGUAUAGACCAGCUUAAGCUAGUUCAAAAAUCCAAGGAAUAUAAACAACAGCGAGAUAAAACUCCGGUUCAAGAAAAGGAGCUCUGCGAGGAGCCCAACAAUCAGAUGCUUAUUGAGCAUAUAAAACUUCUCAUGGUCAAAAACCUCAACUUUGAUCUGUCUUCCAACAAGGUGAAGUUCAUCGAGCAAGAUAAAAUCAACAAGCUUGAACACGAUCUCCAGCUGAUCAACUUUAAAGAAAAAUCCUCAAAGCAGCAGGGAAUAGAGGAGCUGAAGGCUAAGAACAGCGUUCUCACGGAACUUAAUCUAGUUUAUUAUAGUGAAUUGAUGGCUAAUCACGAGUUCAUCGGGGAUCUCCUCGUAUUGCUGAAAAAUGGCCCACCACAGCAGUCAGGGGAUCAGUACGAGCAACUCAAGAGCGUGAUUGACCAGCUACAACAGAAAAUUGCUACGCAGGAACGCGAUAGAAUUGUUCUGGAAAAUCAGAUUAUCAAAUUAAAAGAACGAUGGAAUAAUCUCGUUGAAAGCGCUCGCAAACGAAAAGAGCUGGAACUACAACAGCGUGAAGCAUAA